CGUCCUACGCGCUUCUCUUAAAUGUCCUCUUUAAACGUUCGUAUUAAUCAUCUCUUCUAAUUUGACAGUUUUGUCAUGACGCUAAAGCAUUUAGCUUGAUUUCCCUGCAGAUUUGUCGUUCAAAAGGCGAGUGUAUUUGUGUUUUCACGCGGUGUUCUGCCGGAGGAGUUUGAGCGGCGCUCUUUCUGUUUCCGGCGCAGUGAGAGCAGAGGUGUGAUUCACAGCAGCAGCUCCGAGAUGCAGGAUCCGAACGCAGACACCGAGUGGAAUGACAUCCUCCGGAAGAAGGGCAUCCUUCCUCCCAAAGAGACACCAGCGGAGGAAGAGGAAGAGGAGCAGCUUCAUCAGGCGCAGUCUGUGGUGAAGACGUAUGAGAGCAUGACUCUGGAGGAGCUGGAGGAGAAUGAAGAUGAGUUCGGUGAGGAAGAUGAGCUGGCCAUGGAGAUGUACAGACAGAAGCGGCUGGCCGAGUGGAAGGCCAAUCAGCUGAAGAACAGGUUUGUGGAGGUCAGCGAGAUCUCGGGGCAGGAUUACGUGCAGGAGGUCAAUAAAGCCGGAGCGGGAAUCUGGGUGGUGCUGCACCUCUACAAACCAGGGAUCCCUCUGUGUACGCUGAUAAACCAGCAUCUCUCUCAGCUGGCCCGGAAGUUUCCUCAGACCAAGUUCCUGAAGUCCAUCUCCAACACCUGCAUUCCCAACUACCCUGACCACAACCUGCCCACCAUCUUCGUCUAUCACGAGGGGGAGAUGAAGGCUCAGUUCAUCGGGCCGCUGGUGUUCGGAGGAAUGAACCUCAGCUGUGACGAGCUGGAGUGGCGUCUGUCUGAGUCCGGAGCGGUUCAGACGGAUCUGGAGGAGAACCCCAGGAAACAGAUCCAGGAUCAGCUGCUGACGUCCAUCCGCUGCUCCGCACCGAGCCGGAGAGACGAGGACUCGGACGAGGACUGACCACAUCACAUCACCUACUGACCACACGCACCACAUCUACACUGUUUUAUACCAUCUCUAAUAACACAGCCUGUCACUUCUACACUUUUAUUCUAUAAACUUGUUCUAUGAUUUGAGUGUUUUACUGUGUGUGUGUCAGGGCUUCUGUGGGGCUGAUGAAGGGCAAUAUAAUAUUUAAGACUAAAUUAAAUACAAUGUGUCGCUUUAAAGUUUGAAAAGACAACUUCCUGCAGAUCAUAAAAAGGCUUCAUGUGUCAGGUUUUUAACACUUGAUGGCUUCGCUGGUUUCCGUUCUCUCCCAGCUCAAACAGAUCUUCCUGUCGUAUUAUUAAGUGAUAUUUAGGGACAUAAAUAAAUCCAUCACAGGCGAUUUCCCAUCAAUUUCCUUUCAGCGUUUACCCCCCCCCCAGGUAUUU